AUGGGGAGGAAGCACGUUUCUUCAUUAGCCUUUAUACUGCCCAUCCUCGCCAGCACUGCAGAUGCGGCGUCAGACCCCGCCAGGCCGCGGGGUGUAGGCCCGGAGUUUGCAAAGUACUACAAGGACGCCGAGACAUUUAGUUGUAUUUCGAAUCCUUCAAUCACGCUUCCCAUUUCCCGCUUGAACGACGAUUACUGCGACUGCCCUGAUGGGUCCGACGAGCCAGGCACAGCGGCAUGUGCAUACCUCUCACCGCUCUCCCCACCCCAACCUUUGAGCUUCAAGGCCAAGGACGUCAACGCCACGCCUGCUCUCCCCGGCUUCUAUUGCAAGAACAAGGGCCACCAGCCGAGCUAUAUCCCCUUCACAAACGUCAAUGACGGCGCAUGCGAUUACGAACUCUGCUGUGAUGGCAGCGAUGAAUACGAGGGUGUGGGCGGUAUAAAAUGUGUGGAUCAAUGUGCCAAGAUAGGCAAGGAGUGGAGGAAGGCGGACGAGGCGAGGCAGAAGAGCCUCAGUGCUGCGAAGCAACGGCGGAAAGAGCUCAUUGCCGAGGCUGGACGCAUGCGGAAGGAGGUCGAAGACCGCAUAGAGACACUCAAGACGAAGAUUGAAGGUGCGACACUGCAGGUCGAUGAACUGACGAAGAAUCUGGCAGAGGUCGAGAGGGCAGAGCGAGGCAAGGCCGUCAAGGGCGCAGGCAAAGGCGGAAAGGUCACAGUACUGGCUGGCUUAGCUAAACAGAGGAUUCAGGAGCUCACUGACAACGUCGUCCGGGUGCGCAAUGAGAGGAAUGCUGCACAAGCGAGAGUGGAGGAGCUCGAGGGUAUGCUGAAGCGCUUCAAGGAGGAGUACAACCCCAACUUCAACGACGAGGGUGUCAAACGCGCCGUCCAAGCUUGGGAGAACUAUGCUGCACAAGAACGGCCAGGCGCCAACGACGCUCUGGAUCGUGAUCUCGAUGAGAUUUUGAACCUGGAGUCCGAGAGCGCCAUCAAAUGGGAAGAGUUUGAGACCGUUGACGAGUCCGACGUGGAGCUACUUUACCAAUUUGAAGAAUACCUACCUGAGUCUGUGCGUGGCUGGGUCGACAGCAAGCUCCGCGACCUGCGCGUCAUGCUCAUCGAGAACGGCAUCCUCGCCGACACCUCCGACCCUGACUCGCCCGAACCCAAGGCCGUCACAGACGCAAAGUCUUCGCUCAACUUCGCCAAGCAAGAGCUAGAUAACGACAAGUCGGAACUCACAAAGCACGAAGAAGACCUCACAACCGACUACGGCCCCGACUCCAUCUUCCGCGCCCUCAAAGGCCGCUGUACGUCUACCGACUCGGGCGAAUACACAUAUGAACACUGCUUCCUUGACAAGACGACGCAGAAGCCUAUCAAAGGCGGUGGUCAUACUGGCAUGGGCAACUUUGCGCGCAUCGAUUCCAUCACCGUCGAUGAGGUGCUACCUGCUGACGGCAGGGGCUUGGGCAGCGGCGAGCGCAUCGCCAUCAGGUACGAAAACGGUCAGCAUUGCUGGAACGGCCCGAACAGGAGCACAUUUGUCAUUCUGGCGUGUGCGGAAAAGGACGAGAUUUGGAAGAUUGUUGAGGAGGAGAAGUGCGUGUAUAGAAUGGAGGUUGGCACGCCUGCCGUUUGUGGCGUCGAGGUAAAGAAGGCUGCUCCAGAACACAGUGAGUUGUAAAAGCAUGCGGAUGUGAGGGGAAAA